UCAACCACUGAUGCAAUUUAUCAUUAAAAUAAUAAUACAUUAAAUUAUAUAAACACAUACGUAUAUAGGUUGUCUUAUAUCAAUUCACGUGCAUGGUUUUCCUUGUUCUUUUGUGCUUUUUCUUCCUCAAGAAAAAAGAAAAAGGAAAAAAUUUACAGAAGAGCAAGGGAGGAACAAAGGCACGUGAACCUUGUACGUGACAGCCUCGAGACUUCGUCACAGGCACACAGCCAGCCAGCAAGGGAUUGCGGUGAGGCGGCCCGCAUUACAACUUCAAUUCGAAGAAGGCUAAAAAUAUUGGAUAAAAAAGUAGUAGUACUAGUUCUGCAAGUCAAGCUGAGUGAAAACAGAAAAAGAGACGAGUUCAGAGAGAGAAAGAGAGAGAGCUCUUCUUCAAUGAAGAAACGGGGCUGUGAGAUCGAAGCAAUAGGAAUCAAUUACAAGAUCAGCAUCCAAAAUAGAGAACACCCUUUUAAGAUCUUCACAAAACAGAUGAUAGCAGGGGAGGUAAAAUCUGAAGAAACAAACGCGGCCGGAGUACGGCAUGUCCUCAAGAACGUAAACUGCCGUGCAAAGCCAUGGGAAAUCCUCGCCAUUGUCGGCCCCAGCGGCGCGGGCAAGUCCUCUCUACUCGAAAUCCUCGCCGGAAAAAUCGCACCCCACGGCGCUUCAAUCUUGGUGAACCAGAAAGCAAUGGACAAAGCUCGGUUCAAGAAGAUCUCCGGCUACGUCGCCCAAAAGGACACCCUCUUCCCUCUUCUCACCGUAGAAGAAACACUAAUGUUCAGCGCAAAGCUCCGGCUGAGGCUGCCGCCGACGGAACUGAGUUGCCGGGUAAAGGCAUUGCUCCGGGAGCUUGGCCUGGACCACGUGGCCGGCGCCCGAGUAGGGGACGAAAGAGUCCGGGGAAUAUCCGGUGGAGAAAGGCGGAGAGUCUCAAUUGGCGUCAACGCCAUACACGACCCGGAAGUUCUGAUCCUGGACGAACCCACUUCGGGACUCGACAGUAAUUCCGCACUUCAAAUCAUUGACAUGCUAAAGAUCAUGGCGGAAACCCGGGGCAGAACCGUAAUUCUAAGUAUCCACCAGCCUGGGUUCCGAAUCGUGAAGCUCUUCAAUUCCAUUCUUUUGCUGGCAAAUGGUUCUGUUUUGCAUCAGGGGACGGUGGAUCAGCUGGGCGUUCGUCUGAGGACGAUGGUGGGCUUAGAGCUUCCGCUUCAUGUGAAUGUGGUAGAAUUCGCCAUCGAAACAUGCACGGAAACCCCUAAGUAUUUUCAACUGUUAGAAAAUCAGCGACCGAGAAAGGUACUACUGCAGAGCAGUGGUAAUGCUACCGAAGGUAAGUUCACUCUGCAACAGUUAUUUCAACAGUCUAAGGUUAUCGACGAAGAAAUCAUCAAAGACGAAGAUGAUGGUGAUGCUGAUCAGCUAAUGGAUUUGAGCAGCGAUUUCGCCAACUCCAGAUUUCGAGAAACGGUCAUUCUCACUCAUAGAUUCUCCAAAAACAUCUUUCGGGCGAAAGAGCUGUUCGCGUUCCGGACGCUGCAAAUGCUGAUCGCCGGCCUAGUGCUGGGCUCCAUUUUUUACGGCCUCAAAGACGAUUUGGUGGGUGCGGAGGAACGAGUGGGCCUGUUCGCGUUCGUACUAACAUUUCUGUUAUCUACCACCAUCGAGGCUCUUCCAAUCUUCCUGCAAGAGAGGGAGAUUCUGACGAAGGAGACCUCUUGCGGAAGCUACAGGGUCUCGUCGUACGCCAUAGCAAACGGCGUCGUUUAUCUCCCGUUCUCUCUGAUUCUGGCCGUUUUGUUUUCGAUGCCAUUGUAUUGGCUGGUCGGACUCAACCGGAGUUAUGCGGCUUUUAUGCACUUCUUGUUGUUAAUUUGGUUGAUUCUGUACACGGCGAAUUCCAUCGUGGUGUGUUUCAGCGCUCUGGUCCCAAACUUCAUCGUGGGGAACUCGGUGAUAUCGGGGGUGAUGGGAUCCUACUUUCUGUUUUCUGGGUACUUCAUAUCCAAGCACGGGAUUCCAAGGUAUUGGAUAUUCAUGCAUUACAUUUCGCUGUUCAAGUACCCGUUUGAAGGGUUCCUGGUAAACGAGUUCUCCGGGGGUUCGGGGAAGUGCUUGGAGUUCAUGUUUGGGAGCUGCGUGGUGAGGGGAGAAGACGUGCUUAGGGAGGAAGGGUACGGAGACGAGCAGAGCUGGUGGAGGAAUGUGGCGAUAAUGGUGUGCUUCAGCUUGUUUUACAGGUUCAUUUCUUAUGUCAUUCUCAGAUUCAGAUGCUCUCACAGGAGCAUCAUCCAGCGCGAGGGUGCCCUUGUUUAGUGAAUGAAUCAACAGUACCAUCUCUCUCUCUCUCUCUCUCUCUCUACGCGCAUGUUUUUGGAAUUUAGUAAAGACAACCUGUAAAGCUUUAAAGUUGAGGGAUUUUUUGUCAUGUCCAUAAUAAUAAUGUCAUCUUUUAAUCUACAA